ACAGCUUCAUCUAACAUCAACGGAUACUCCUGAAAGUUACCCAUCAACCCACUCCCAAGAUGAAAGUGAUCGCUCUGACUCUGCUUAGCCUGGUGGCCUUGUCGCAGGCUCGUCUCGAUUACAAGCUGCAGUGCAACCGUGAGGAGGUGGGCAUCCGCUGGCCAAGCUAUUUCAGCAACUCGGAGUACUAUGUCUGCCAGAGCGUUUAUGGCGGCCAGUUGACUGUGCACUGUCCGGCCGGAGAAGUGUUCACCUUUGUGCUGCAACAGUGUGCCGCUCCAGCUUUGUAUGUGCCAGCUCCUCCCAUGGAUUCCCUGCCCACGGCAGCUCCCAUUACCACGCACUUGAUCGAUGAGAUACCACCAGUGUUGGGUUCCAUGCCAGCUGUUCAUUUGCCCGAGGAGCAUCAGGAACAUAUUGUUCAUGCCCUUCCAUCCGAUCCCACACCACCUACCCCACCCACUGAGCCACCAACGCCACCCACUGUGGUUGUCGAUGCCCCCAAGCCUGGCAAGAAGCCAGUUGCUCCAGUUCUCCCUCCAGUUCCAAGCAAAGCCAGCGCUCCCAAGAAGCAAUCUGUUCCAUCGCCAGCCAAGGCUUCCGCCAAGAAACCCUCCGCUCCAGCUCCCGCCAAGGCAGCCAAGAAGCCCACGCCUCCCAGCAAGGGACAGAAGAAGCCCUCGGCCUAACGCAACCUUUCCCCGCUCUCCCCUUCAUCGGGAGACAGCAGCAGUAUCUAACCUAAGAAAUUAAUUAACAAGCGGAAUUUCAUUCAAAACUUCAUUCUGAACAACACAAAUAGCAACAAAUAAAUAUCUAACUGCAAUUCACAAAUA